AUGCCGCGCGCCUGCUGCCUCAACCGCGAUACGAACGAGACGAAGAUCCAGGUCUCGAUAAACAUCGAUGGCGGCGACCUCUCACCCUACGAGCACAGCGACUUCUGGGCGGCCUACGACAAGAAGAGUCUCAAUGGCGAUGGCGAGAAGGUAGACAAGGAUCACGCUACCCAGAAGUCGACAUCCCAGGAGAUCUCCGUCGACACCGGCAUCGGCUUCCUCGACCACAUGAUCCACGCCAUGGCCAAGCACGCUGGCUGGAGUCUGCGCAUACGGUGCAAGGGCGACCUGCACAUUGACGACCACCACACGAGCGAGGAUACCUUCUUGGCGCUAGGCACCGCCUUCAAGAAUGCGCUACAGGGAAGCACGGGUCUGGCACGCUUCGGACACGCAUACGCACCGCUCGACGAGGCACUGUCACGCGCUGUCAUCGACCUAUCGAACAGGCCAUACAGCAUCAUCGAGCUGGGUCUUAAGCGGGAGAAGAUUGGCGAUCUGAGCUGCGAGAUGAUCCCGCACUGCCUCCAAAGCUUUGCGCAGGCGUCGGGCACCACCCUCCAUGUUGACUGCAUACGCGGUGACAACGAUCACCACAGGGCAGAGAGUGCCUUCAAGGCGCUUGCGGUCGCUAUCAGGCACGCGACAACAGUGGUGAAGCAGUGGGAGGGUGAGGUUAGGAGUACAAAGGGCGUGCUGUAUUGA